AUGACUCAAUGCUUCUCUGGUCUCCUCUCUUUUUCAGAGUCCGACUGUCCAGACGAGUCCAGCCUUGUAAAGGAGAGAUCCUCCAACACAUUAUCGAUCAUUAGACCAGUCACUGGGUCCCUCUCAGGGAAGGUAAAUCUUCCCUGCUUCUUCUCCACCAUCCCAACCUCAGCACCAGUGAUCAGUCCCAAUGGAACUGCUAUUUAUAGCAGAGAUUACUUACGAAUCAAAUGGACCAAAAUAGAAGGAGAAGUGGUAUCCACAGUGCUAGUGGCACAAAAUGGAGUCAUCAAAAUAGGCUCCAGCUACAGGAACCGUGUAUCAGUGCCCAGUCACCCUGAGGAUGUGGGUGACGCCUCAUUGACAAUGGUCAAGCUGCGUGCCAGUGAUGCGGGCACUUAUCGGUGUGAGGUCAUGUAUGGAUUUGAGGACACCCAGGAUACAGUAAACCUUGAUGUCAAUGGUGUUGUGUUUCACUACCGGGCAAGCACGAGCAGGUACACUUUGGACUACCAGAAGGCUGUCCAAGCUUGCCAAAACAUUGGAGCAACCAUUGCUACAUAUGACCAACUGAAAGCAGCCUAUGAAGAUGGCUUCGAUCAAUGUGAUGCCGGCUGGAUUGCUGACCAGACAGUGAGAUACCCAAUUACAAAGCCAAGGAAGGGCUGCUUUGGCAACCUACAGACUAAACCUGGUGUUAGGUCAUAUGGGACCAGGAAACCCACGGACACCUAUGAUGUAUACUGUUACGUAGACAAACUUGAUGGUGAAGUGUACUAUGCUCCUGUGACCCAUAAAAUGACUUUUGAGGAGGCCAGUGCAGAGUGUAAGAAGAGGAAUGCUCUCCUGGCAACCCCUGGCCAGCUUCAUGCUGCCUGGCGACAUGGUCUGGACAGAUGUGACUAUGGCUGGCUCUCUGACGGCAGUGCACGACACCCUGUUGCAGAACCCAGAGUGCAGUGUGGGGGAGGUCUGCUCGGCGUCAGGACCAUGUACCGCUACAGAAACCAGACCGGCUUCCCGGAACCAACUAUGAAACUCGGAGCUUACUGUUUCAAAGGACUUUACUCAUGUACAGACAAUAUUUGUCUGAAUGGAGGAUCUUGCUACAAGAGUGGCAGCAUCUAUACAUGUAGCUGUGCUCCUGGUUACAGUGGUGAUCGCUGUGAAACAGAUACAGAUGAGUGCCAGUCAAACCCUUGCCGCAAUGGAGGUACAUGUGUCGAUGGGCUGGCUUCCUUCACAUGUGUGUGCCUCCCAAGCUACUCUGGGCUGUAUUGUGAGGAGGAUACAGAAACAUGUGACUAUGGCUGGCACAAGUUUCAGGGCCACUGCUACAAGUACUUCCCCCACAGAAGAAACUGGGACACAGCAGAGAGAGAGUGUCGCAUGCAGGGGGCUCAUCUCACUAGCAUCCUCUCCCACGAGGAGCAACAGUUUGUCAACCGUCUUGGACAGGACUACCAGUGGAUUGGCCUGACUGAUAAGAUGUUUGACAGUGACUUCCGCUGGACUGACGGCAGGCCUUUGCAAUAUGAGAACUGGAGGCCCAACCAGCCUGACAGCUUCUUCUCUUCUGGCGAGGAUUGUGUCGUGAUGAUAUGGCAUGAGGACGGCCAGUGGAACGAUGUUCCUUGCAACUAUCACCUCACCUUCACUUGCAAAAAGGGCACAGUGGCCUGUAACCAGCCCCCUCUGGUGGAGAAUGCACGUACCUUUGGUAAGAAGCGUGAGAGGUAUGAGAUCAACUCGCUGGUAAGGUACCAGUGCAGGGCAGGCUUUAUUCAGAGGCACGUCCCAACUAUCCGUUGUCGUGGGGAUGGACUAUGGGAUAGCCCUAAAAUCUCCUGCAUGAACCCAUCGAGCUAUCAGAGGACCUUUAUCAGAAGACAUCAACACAAUAGUCUCUACAGCAUUAACAACUUCAAGAGAUGGCCGGACGAGGCCUACCACGUUCAGCAUCAGCGCUACCGGGGAAGAAGAGACAGGACCGAACAUAAGCGGAAGAGAAAGUAGAGGCCAUGUAACAUGGCAAAGCUUCCCCGAGACGAGAACAUGUGGCUGAUGCUUGUGUUGAAAGAGGAAAAGGAUUCCCCAAGAAGAAAAAGCACAAGAGAAAACUCCUCAAAGAAACCAAGAGGAUAACCUGCAGUUUUCUUGCAUUUUGAAUGACAAUGGAAUCUUAUGAAGUGCCUUUUAAAAAGAUGUUGAUACAUGACUUUUUUUAUCAAGGGGCACUGAUUUAUGACAAUGCCAAUGUGGAUAAAAUACUUUCAGCUGGCUACUGGAAAAAGCAAAAAAUACACUCAUCAAUUUUUUAAAACUGUGGACGUUUUUUCUUUGUCCUUAGCUUAUCAAAUAAUACAAUCACGACUGUCUAAAACCUUUGUACACACUGCUAUUUAAAAUCACCAUAAGUGUUCCUUAUUCAUAGAAAAAAGCUGUUGUGAAAUAAUAUCGCUUAUGUUAUGUAAAGGAAUUCAUUAUGUUGUUGUGCUGUUUUAAGCUGGACUUCAUUUCAAUGAGCAUGCAUAUUAAUAUAUAUUGAAGUCUUCAAAUGUUUAACUAUGUUUAUUCUAUUUCAAGACAUCCAAGUUCACUGAACAGAAAUGGAGUCACCGGUGGCAGUGAUUGAUCAAACAAAGGACUCAUAGUUUAUAUACGUGGAAUAUUAUAUCACAUACUUACAGAACUGUAAACCUUUGAAAAUAAUCUUUUUCCAGUCUUCAAACCUAAUCAGCAUGGUUUAUUAGCUUUGCUAGCAGUAGCUAUUAAGAUUUCUGGAGACCUUUUUGUGGUGGCAGCUUUCAAAGUAGCAAAUUACCACCUUUCAUUAGGUCCCGCCAUUAAUGGAUGUCAACAAUGACUUGUAUAGAUAAAUGUUUAUGGAUACAUUUCUAUAC